CUGAAGAUCUAUCUGUGCCUGCCCACCCCCAGGGAUCUCCAAGAAUGGUAGCCAUCGGAAGUAACACUGUCUCCAGAGGCUCAAUGAGGAUCUUGGUGCCAGACAUCAGGAAGAAGCAACCUACUCAUGCUGGUUCUUUGCUUGCGGAUUUUUCUACCCUGAAGAUGGAAGUGAUACAUUCCUCCAAAACAUCGGUUCACACAAGAUCUACACAGUGCCACAUCCCAGAAGACGCAUUCUUCAAGUGCUGUAGUACCUUCUUCAAGGUUCUUUUCCCAACUUAGCUCAAUUCUACCCUGAAGAUGGAGGCAGUCAUCUGAUAGAUUUUCAUUACAUUCAGUGCAAACAUCAUGCCACUGGAAAUUACACUGCUUCCAUACUCCUCAGUUCCACAACAUAAGUAACAUGGCAGCCACUGGAGUUGGAAAUGGCAGCAAAUGUAGAAAGCAGAACUUCUGCAGAUUUGUAUCAAUGGAGGUCACUACUGAACAUUCCAUUCCCUUGGAGAUUCUCGAUGACCUUGGAAGUCGUUUUAUUAUUAAUGUUCCUGUGGAAGAGAGAAAAGAUUUGGUGAGGAUAUGUUUUCAAAUCGAACUUGCACACUGGUAUUACCUUGAUUUUUACUGUGCUGAUGACAAAGCAGAAAACAAGCUGAAGCCAUGCGGCAUGAAGGAAUUUACUGCUCACAUGUUUCAGCACAUACCAUUUCUGAAACCGCAUUCAAAAAACCUUGAAUCAGUAUUGGAACAGUGGCGAGAUUAUAAACAGGCAGUACCCACAUACGGUGCCAUAUUGCUCAAUGAAGAUCUCUCACAAGUUCUCUUAGUACAGAGCUACUGGGCCAAGUCAUCCUGGGGGUUUCCUAAAGGCAAGGUUAAUGAGGCAGAAGAUCCGAUACACUGCGCUGGCAGAGAGGUUCUAGAAGAAACUGGGUUUGAUAUUAGCAAGAUGAUUGACAAAAAUGAAUAUAUUGAGUCAACAAUUAAUGAUCAGUUGAUACGUCUUUACAUUGUAUCUGGGAUUCCACAUGACACAAAAUUCCAGCCUCGAACCCGAAAUGAGAUUAAGAGCAUUGAAUGGUUCACGAUUGCUGACCUUCCAUCCAACAAGAAGGACAAUACACCAAAAUUAAAAAUUGGUGUUGGACCAAGUUCAUUCUUCAUGGUUGUGCCAUUUAUUAAACGACUCAAGAGAUGGAUUUUGGAGAACCAACAGAAGGGAAUGCAAGGAACAAGAAGGCACAGGCACAAGUCAGUAGGUGAUGCUGAAACAAAUCUGCCAAAGAACAAAAGGCAGCAGCAGUUUACUCAAGCUAUUCAGGCUGAAAUACAAGAUUUUCAAUUAAUGCGUCAGCAGAAAGGAUUGAAUUCUUCUCCUCCCCGCAAUAUACGUCGCCAGGAGAAUGGUCGCACUUACAAACAGAGUUUCAAGAGGCAAUUAUUUGUCAAUGAGGAAGAGAAAUCACGCAACCGCCACCAGCUUCUUACUCCUAGCACCACAUCUGUUGGUGCUGUACCAAGUCAUGAAAAGAUUAGUAAUGACCCCUUGCAGUUUAGUGCUCCCUCAUGGCUGAACUUCAAGUUUGACCAACAAGCAAUCUUGGAGUGCCUCAGCACAUGAUUAUUACAUUCUUCUCCAUCAGAUUAUCAUACUUAUGAUUUUUUGAAGUGUUGGAAUGCAGGGCACAACAAAACACUGCAUUCAUGGUUUUAAUGUCCCCAUCAGUCUCUUUUAGUACAGUUCAAGCUCUCUUAUAUCAUUAUAUGAGUUAUGUAAGUAUAAGUCUCUAUUUUUAAAUGUAAUGAGUAUUCGUACAUAUGUAUUCUUUAAUUUUUAAUUGUGAACGUCCAUUAAAAUCAGUGUUAUGAUUCAGCUUGUACCCUGAUGGAAGAUGGUAGAAAUGUGUAAUGUUGAUAUUGAAUGUAAGCGGUUUUGUUUCUGCAGCAAAUCAAUAACCUCUCCUAUAUGUAUUUUUAUUUUAGUUGUGAAAAUAUGCUUAAAAUUUAUGUGAGCCUUUCGGGGUGCAUUAUGACAGAGCUGAUGCAGAAAACCAAUGUAUGUGUUGUCAUUGUAUCACACAGGGUUAAAGUAAGUCAGAAUGCACUAUGUUCUGUACUGUUUUUAUUUUUUUAAUAAUUUUAAGUUUGUUUGUAGUCUCAUGGUACAAUUGAUGCUGCUCAUAAAAUAUGGUAAUAAUAUUUGUGUGUAAAGGGUGCAGAGUAAAAGAGAACUACACUAAUACCUCAUUAUUUUGUUGUUACUCCACUGAAAUUGCUAUGUACUCAAAAAAGUUGUGACAUUCUUACCAAGUACCAGGUUUUAUUUGUUCCUUAAUAUUUAAAGAUUUUACUCUAAGGAAAUUGGACUUUUGAUGAUUCUUAAACAGAGUUCUGUUUCUAAGAUGUGAAGCUGUGAUGCUAUGUAGUAUUGUAAUAGUUUACUGACACUUCAGAGGAAUGUUGGUAAACUUCUGCUAGACUGUGUUGUUACAUCGCAGAAGAUAGUACACAUCAUUGCUGCUACUGUCAGAACCUCAAAUCUGACAGUUCUUAAGCCGUGUGCUUCAUUUAAAAGGAUCCUACUGCUGAUGAUAAAACAAAUGUGGCAGUGUUCCACGAUUUUUGUUAUAUCUCACUUCCAUAAACUGAUCUUCCACUUUUUUCACCUGGUCUUUUAAGGCACACACACCCUACUACCAAAUCUGGAGCCUCAUAUUCAUUAUUCAUUUUGUACCGUUCCCAGUUGUACCUUGCCACACCACAUUGUGAGAUAUGAAGUUUGUGAUGACAGUCAUCUUGAUUGAAUGCUGCAUAUCACAAAUUAGAUUUUUUCUAUAUUAUACAUACUGCAUUAUCUAUGAUCAAGUGUUUAAAUAUUUUAGUACAGUAAAACCUGUCUUAAAUGGAAUCUCAAGGGACCAGAAAAAAUUUCCGCUGAAGCC